AUGUUAAAUUGGAUUCCAGAAUGGUAUUUAGACUUGAUGUAUCAAUGUUGUAGUGAUGAUUUUUCUGAACGUCCUACUGCUGCUAAAAUAUUUGAUAAAAUUUAUGAUAAUACAGUGAAUAAUAAUGUUAUGCGACAACUUGAAAUUGCUGAUGAUAAUCAAAAAAAUAUAUCAAAAUCUCAAAAGCAAGAAUUAUUUGAAUUAUUUUCAAGUAAGUUACAUCCUCAAUCGUGUUAUAUUAGCCAAUAUAUUCAUACUCUUCAUGAAUUACAAGAUUUAUUGGAAGAAAUGAAAUCAGGAAAAUCUUCAGCUAUUCCAAGUGCCAAUAUUCAUAAUAUCGACAGGGAAACAGAAAUUCAAAGCAGGCAGAAAAAUGGGUCCAAUGAAUCAAAUACUUCAAGUGUCAAAUCUCAUAGUAUUGACAGGGAAACAGAAGCUCAAAACAUGCAGGGUAAUGUUAUUCAGCCUUGUAUCGUGUUGUGA